UCGCCCGUGAUCGUGUUGCGCGCGCGUUUCAGUCGCAGUUUAUCGGUCAGGCCGAUAAAGUGUGGUAGCCUGGUGGAGAGCGCGAAUAAGCGCGACACAAGCCUAGUCGCCACCCCAGCGUCCCGUAAAGAACGUUAUAUAGCUAUACAGAGGAUUAUACCACGAGGAUUACGGCCUUUUUAUCUUUACGGACGUAAAGAUUCGUUCUAGUCUAAACAAAGAUUCGAACGCAGAGAUAGAUAGAUAGAGAGAAAGAGAGAGAGAGAGAGAGAGAGAGAGAGAGAGAGAGAGAGAGAGAGAGAGAGAGAGAGAGAGAGAAACAAAAAGGUAAAACAUGGCUGAGAAAAUCUAUUAUCCUAAUUCGGAAUUUGCGAGGAAGGCGCACUGCAGUAGUAUGGAGCAAUACAAGCAGAUGUACGAAAAAUCUAUAAAAGAGCCGAUGCAAUUUUGGGGUGAAAUUGCCAAGCAAUUUUAUUGGGAAACACCAGCGAUAGAAGACAAGUUUUUUUCGUACAAUUUCGAUCUGAGUAAAGGUGACAUUUUCAUCAAAUGGAUGGAGGGAGCAUCGACAAAUAUAAGCUUCAAUCUACUUGAUAAAAAUGUAAAAAGCGGAAAUGGUGAUAAAAUUGCAUUUUACUGGGAAGGAAACGAUCCGGAAGAUUACUCACGACUGACAUAUAGAAAGUUACUGGAGGAGACAUGCAGAUUUGCGAAUAUUCUCAAAUCGAAAAGUGUUUCCAUGGGAGAUAAGGUAGUGAUUUAUAUGCCAAUGAUCUUGGAACUACCGAUCGCCAUGCUGGCUUGUACGAGGAUAGGAGCAGUUCACAGCGUAGUAUUCGCAGGCUACUCAUCUGAUUCAUUGGCGGAACGGAUCCUCGAUUCCAAGGCCAAAGUUCUUAUUACUGCGGAUGGCGUAUGGCGAGGUGAGAAAUUACUUCUGUUAAAAAAUAUUUGUGACGAAGCUGCGGAUAAAGUAAAAAAGCAUGAUCAUCGAAUCGAGAGUUGCAUCGUCGUCGCACAUCUGAGAAGACUUAGCAAUCCUCAGGGUAAAAUGAAAGGAGUAAACGGCACUAAUAAUGGUGCGAUCAUGGAUAUGACUAACAUUUCUUGGGAUGACGAUCGAGAUGUUUGGUGGCAUGACGAGAUGGAGGACGCGGAACCGAGCUGUUAUCCAGCUUGGAUGUCUGCCGAGGAUCCACUUUUUAUCCUUUAUACAAGUGGCUCUACCGGAAAACCGAAAGGUGUUCUUCAUACCACUGCGGGAUAUUUAAUUUACGCGGCGACAACUUUCAAAUAUGUUUUCGAUUAUCAUCCAAGUGAUAUUUAUUGGUGUACAGCUGAUUGUGGCUGGAUUACAGGACAUACUUACGUCGUUUAUGGCCCGUUAGCGAAUGGCGCGACAUCCGUUAUAUUCGAGGGUACACCUUUCUAUCCAGAGAAUGAUAGAUACUGGUCCAUUAUUGAUAAAUACAAAGUCACGCAAUUUUACACGGCGCCAACAGCCAUUAGGUCACUAAUGAAGUUUGGUGAUGAUCUUGUAAAGAAGCAUAAUUUAUCCACGCUUAAGGUACUUGGUUCAGUCGGUGAACCGAUCAAUACUGAAGCUUGGCUUUGGUUUUAUAAUCUUGUUGGUCAUGGCAAGUGCAGCAUAGCAGACACUUUCUGGCAAACGGAAACUGGUGGUCAUGUACUUACACCGCUGCCAGGUGCCACGCCGAUGAAACCAGGUUCCGCGACAUAUCCUUUCUUCGGAGUUUUGCCGGAGCUUCUUGACGAGGAUGGUCGAAUAAUUGAGGGUGAAGGAGAAGGAUACCUUGUCUUCCGUCGACCAUGGCCGGGUAUGAUGCGGACUCUCUACGGAAAUCACCAACGUUUUCAAAAUACAUACUUUGAUCGAUUUAAUGGAUUUUACUGUACAGGAGAUGGAGCGAGACGCGACGCAGAUGGAUAUCUAUGGGUAACCGGUCGUAUCGACGAUAUGUUGAACGUUUCUGGUCAUUUAAUGUCAACAGCUGAAGUGGAAAGUGUAUUAGCGGAACAUUCCUCGGUAACUGAAGCUGCAGUAGUCAGCAAAUCGCAUCCUGUUAAGGGUCAAUGUCUAUAUUGUUUCAUUACUCCUACCACGGGAACGACAUUCAACGAAAAAUUGCAAAGCGAGCUUAAAAAGAAAGUACGCGAAAGAAUUGGCCCGUUUGCUCAACCAGAUGUCAUUCAACACGCUCCGGCUCUACCGAAAACAAGAUCUGGCAAGAUUAUGAGACGUAUGUUAAGAAAAAUUGCAGCAGGCGAUAGGAAUAUCGGAGAUACAUCAACAUUAGCCGAUGAAACUGUAAUUCAACUUUUAUUUGAAUUAAGGCCAUGUGUUUAAGACAUAUUUCCUUUCUUAUCAUAUAAAAAUGAAAGUAUCUCAAGAGAAUUUUUUGAUCGUUAAUAAAUGUCAGAAGCAUGUUGCACAAUUUCCGAAUGAUUUUACAAAGACAAAAGUAAUACUGCACAUAUAUAUUAGAAUCGAUGUAUUCGCACGAUAUUAAAGACACAUUUCAGAA